GACUUUCAAGCUCAGCCUCGUAUCCAGGCUGCAACCAGCUCUCUUCUGCUGAGUGCUGACCGCCGAGCGGAGAAAUGGCUUCCAUUUUCCUAACCUGCUGCUCUCCACGAGCUUUAGCUCGUCCAAGAACUAGAAACCCUAUCCCUAAUAGAUCUUCUCCAGAUAGGCAUUCUCGAAGCCCCAACCGGAACCGCAACUCUAAUUUGAAGCCUCAGAAGAGCAAGUACAAAUCUGCACCGCAACCACUCACCUUAUCCGGAGGCGAAGCUACCACUUACAAUCGCCUCCCUCUCAAAGAAGAUGUCGAAGCUCCUUCACUUAGUUUUGCAGCAACGGAAUUUAAGCUCUCCGAUUCAAGUGUAGUGGAAACUGAUGAGGACGAUGAGGUUUACCGUUUGAGUAGAGAAAAAGAAGUUGAAGUAGAAGAAGAUGGCAUGGAUAGUCAAUUGCGGGUUGAUUAUGGGAAAUUUGAGGUGUAUGAGAUUAACUCUGAUGUUGAAGAAGAUGACUGUGAUGACCAUAAUGAUUAUAGUAGAGAAGAAGUCAGUACCAAAACCGUAAACAAACACAGUAGCAAUCGCUUUUACGAGACAGAGGAGGAGGAGGAGUUUACCAAUGGCCAAACCGUAUACCUAUCUGAUUUCGAGGAAGGAGUGGUGAAAGAGAAGGGAGUGCCGGCGGUAAUGAGAUGCUUCGAUCGUGCCAAAAUCUACGUGAAAGCCGGAGAUGGUGGAAAUGGUGUCGUAGCAUUUCGGCGCGAGAAAUUUGUGCCCUUGGGUGGCCCAUCUGGCGGGGACGGAGGCAGAGGGGGAAAUGUAUAUGUAGAAGUGGAAGGUUCGAUGAAUUCGUUGUUGCCAUUUAGAAAUAGAGUGCAUUAUAGGGCGGGCAGGGGUUCGCAUGGGCAGGGAAUGAUGAUGAAUGGGGCGAAAGGAGAGGAUGUGGUGGUCAAGGUGGCACCAGGCACGGUUGUUAGGGAGGCGGGGAAAGAGGAGGUGCUGUUGGAGCUGUUGUAUCCGGGACAACGGGCACUAUUGUUGCCCGGUGGGAGAGGUGGCAGAGGAAAUGCGGCGUUUAAGUGUGGGAGCAAUAAGGUUCCCAGGAUUGCCGAGAAUGGUGAAGAGGGUCCGGAAAUGUGGUUGGAGCUCGAGCUAAAGCUUGUUGCGGAUGUUGGAAUUGUGGGUGCCCCAAAUGCUGGAAAAAGCACACUUUUGAGCGUGAUAAGUGCUGCACAGCCAACAAUAGCAAAUUACCCCUUUACUACUUUACUUCCUAACCUUGGUGUAGUCUCUUUUGAUUAUGAUUCUACAAUGGUCGUAGCAGACCUCCCAGGUCUACUUGAAGGAGCACACCGGGGUUUUGGUUUGGGUCAGGAGUUUCUACGACACACAGAGAGGUGUUCUGCGCUGGUACAUGUAGUUGAUGGAUCCUCGCAGCAGCCAGAAUUUGAGUUUGAUGCUGUGCGUCUCGAACUGGAAUUGUUUAGUCCAGAACUUGCGGAGAAACCUUUCGUAGUUGCCUAUAACAAAAUGGACCUUCCAGAAGCAUAUGAAAAUUGGCCAUCAUUCAAGGAAAGACUACAAUCUUGUGGAAUUGAGCCGUUUUGCAUGAGUGCUGUGAUGAGAGAAGGCACUCAUGAAGUGAUAUGUAAAGCUUAUGAGCUUCUGCAAAAAAAUAAAGGACCCAAUCAAGAGUUUGAAGGUUGGCCAGAUCCAGUAAAUUUGAAUCAUGUGGCUGAUACAGUACAGAAGCAGCGGAGGUCCCCUAUCAAUGACUUUGAGAUCUUUUAUGACAGUGGGUCCAAUAUAUGGCAUGUUGUUGGGUCAGGGUUGCAACGUUUUGUUCAGAUGACAAAUUGGCGAUACGCAGAUUCUGAGAGACGGUUUCAGCAUGUUUUGGAAGCUUGUGGUGUGAAUAAGUCUCUCACGAAGAUGGGUGUCAAGGAAGGUGAUACAGUGAUUGUUGGAGAGAUGGAAAUGGUGUGGCAUGAUUCUCCUGAGAGCUCCGGUCCAUCAAAUAUGAAGAAAAGAUAUGAUCCAACCAAAUGGCCUCAGUUGAUGUAAUCCUCUUAUUUUCUGGUUGAUGUCAGAAGGGUAGCUACAGCAGCCAAAAGAGUAAAGCAAAGGCAUGCUAGCUUGUCCUCCAGCACGCCUGAUGAUGCUACUUGCUGCAAACAGAUUUUGCAUGCGCUGCAUUAUACCUGAAGCAGAAGAUCCUGGUGCUCAAUUUUUUAAUUGGUAGUGCGGUUGCCACAAGCACAAGCAGAUUCCAAUGGAGAUUCAAGCUCAAUUGUCCCAAACCCCGUUGUUUAACAAAUGAUAUUACUUGAGCCACGAGGAGAACAUAUUCAGAUAUUCAAUACUUGGAUAGUGUAGAUAUCUUAUUGUUCAUUCCUUUAUUCUUAGCUGAGAUGUAUUACAAAGUAAUAAUGUGGUUUUGCUGAAGGAAAAUUAAAUUAAUCGUUGGUUCAUUUCA